GUGUGAGUGUGUGUGUGUGUGUGUGCAUGUGUACGUGUGUGUGUGAGUGUGAAACAGGGUGGGUGAGAGAGGAAAGCUUUAGUGAAACAGUCGUGUCAGUGCAGCUCGACGCAGCAGAUGAGAGAAACACAUUCAAUCUUAUGGACAAUUUAAAAGAGUUUGCAGUCAGACAGGAAGAAAUAAAGGAUUUAAUACAAUAAACUAGCCGAAGAAGUCGAAACACCAUCAGAUACAUUCUCUAACAAGAGAUAUUAAACACAACCUGUCAAUCAAAAUGACCACCGCCUGGCCCACUGAACGCUUGACCAAUCAGAGCAUCGUUCCAGUCGUCAACCACUCGUGUCCUCUAGAAGAGGAGAACCUGCGGGUUCCUUUGGCCGUCCUGUACUCCUUCAUCUUCCUGUUUGGCCUGGCAGGAAACGUGCUCGCUCUUUGGGUUUUCUUCUUCUUGCAUUCGCGCAGGAACUCCGUCCGCAUCUUUCUCAUCAACGUGGCCCUGGCGGACUUGGUGCUGAUCGCGUGCCUUCCCUUCCGAGUGCUCUACCACGCCCGGGGGAACCGCUGGACGCUGGGAACGCAUAUGUGCAAGGUGGUGGGCAACCUCUUCUACAUGAACAUGUACGUCAGCAUAACCCUCCUGGGUCUGAUCAGCAUGGACCGUUAUAUGAAGAUCAUCGGCAUCCGGGGAUCUCGGCGGGGCUGCGGCUGGCGGCGACUGAGAGGAAGCGGCUGGAGUCUGGUGGCGUGCGGGCUGCUUUGGGGCUGCGCCCUGAUGAUGGUGGUGCCCAUGAUCGCCUUGACGGAGGGCAACGAGGACCCGGACAAGUGCUUCCAAUACAAAGCGAGGACCAAGGCUCGAGGCAAAGCUUACUUCAACUACUUUAUGGUGGCUGUGUUCUGGCUGGUGUUUGUGGUACUGCUGGUGUCGUACGGCCGGAUCGCCCAGAGACUGCUCCGAGCUUCUCGGGACAAACCCGACCUGCCCAACGCUACGCGUUACAGCCGCACGGCCAAGAAAUCCUUUGUGGUGCCGCUACUGUUCACGGUCUGCUUCGUACCGUAUCACGCUUUCAGGGGCUUUUACGUCCAGUCGCAGCUAAGGGACGUCACGUGUGAGACACGCCGGCUAGCGGACCGCACCAACGAGGUCACGCUUCUGUUUUCGGCCCUCAACAGCUGCCUGGACCCGGUGAUGUAUUUCAUGCUGUCCGGGUCGGUGCGCAAGGCCGUGAUAGGAGCGCUCUCGCGAUUCAUCCACUUGCGCCGUGACCCCAUCAUGACCAACAGCUCUACCACGGAGUUCCGGAGGACAUCGGUGUCCACCGCUGCGGUCCUGACCGCGUCUCGAGGCAGCCUGGGUGUCAUCACGGCCCAUCGGUGUCAGUCGGGCCAUGUUAACGGCAUCGCUGAGGGAAUUUCCUGUUCACAAAUAACUGGCCUAACAAACUGAAAAACGUGAAACCUCAGGAAAGCUUUUGUAAACGGCAGCACUCAGCACAGGUGUGCUACAGGAUGAAUACUGCCCUCCAGUGCUACAAAAAGCUUUUAUAAGAAACUCAUUUCCAUGAACUUGCAUGACAUCAUUUGUUGCUCGUUCUGCACCGCAUGGGCUACACGCAUGGACGAUACCUUUUCUACAUUGUAAGAGCAAUGACUGCCCCUCAUCAGCAGGUGAUUUAUGCAUUAUAAUUACAUGGACUUCUGCUACUGGUCAAUAUCUUCUAGUGGAGGAAUGACUCUUUAUGAGAACACAGUAACACAUUGGAGGUUUUGUUAGGCCUCAUUUUGCUUCAACACACGCAUCUUACCUUGACAUCUCUGUGAAUGACAUUGUUGUCAUGGCAAUAGCGUAGAGCUUCAAGUAUUUGUCGCAUGUAGUGACUGAGAAACAUAAUAUAAACAUAAGACACUCAUAUAUAUAUAUACAGUAUGUAUGUUUACUUAAAUAUGAACAACUCAUUGACCACAUUAACAUGCACCUUCAUAAUGCGAUUAUAAUGGGAUUUUGGCAAAAUUGCGAUUAUACUUUACCUCGUGUAAACACAAUAGAAGAAUUUGGUUCCAAAAUUCAAUAAAUGCCAUUAAAAAAAAUAAAAUCAGUAUUGUAUCAGGUCAGUAUUAAAAAGUAAAUUCUUAAUUUUACACAAAAUCCAAUAGCUUGUAAUUCUGUCAUCUUCUCUGCCUUUUUUCCAAACUGUGAUAAACGCCAGUCCUCCUUCUCUGUAGAAUGCAAUAAAAGCGCUUAACCAAUCACAUCGCACCAUUCCACACAUCGUAAACAAUAAUGCUGCCGCUAUGAAUACACACAGGAUCCUAGUUUUCCUCGUCUACUUUGUACUUUGUGAUCAACAAACAAAAACAAAACAAUACUUUUAAUGGCGUUGAUAAACCUGUGGUUGUUUUCUGUGGCAGGGAUGAAACUUAAGCCAUCAAAAUCAAAUAAUUUACGUGAGAGGCACUCAGACGAAGUAAAAAUGUCAGCUGUUGCUUGUUCUCCCGACAGCAUUAAGCUUCUGUCAUGCUAACACAUUGACCCCAGGGGAUCUCAUGAAAAACUUGACAUUUUUUUACUCGAAGUCAACGUAAAUCGAGCAGGACCAAACAUUUUAACAGCUGAUUGCUGUCAAGAAAGUUCAGUGACGACAUCCCAAGGAUGACAGCAGCAAUGACAUUGUUCUUAAUAUGACAAAAUAAGUGUUGUGAUAAAUGCCAUUAAUGUUUUUUUUUUAAAUCAGUGAAUUCACAUUUGGAAGCUGAAUGUAAGGGAAAUGUCAUUUUGGACAUUGUGUGAUCUAAUGUGAUAUUGUUGUUCAUGUUCUUGUUCAUGAUGGCAUUUUGUUGUUGUUGUAAUUAAUUUAUAGCAUAAACAAGAUGACCUGGGGCCCGUUUCAAUAAGGAGCUUCAACCAACUCUGAGUUUAAACUUGAACUGUGAGUUGACUUCCUCUGAGAUAGGAAACUCUGAGUUUUCGGUUACAGAACAGCUGAUCUUAGUUAGUUCAAUCGACUCUGAGUAGGUUAACUCUGAGUUAAGCGCGUGCACAACCACUUUGAAUAGCCAUCAUCAAUGGAGCUCCAGUUUUACGAUUCACCAUGGCAACAGCAAAAAAAAGGUCUAAAUCCUUUUACUACUCAAACUGAAAGUGUUACUGCAAGUGUACAGCAACUACGAGCAUAUAUUUUAAAGAAAAGCGUUGUUUUGGAACUUUGGUACUCCAGUAAAUGCAUACAUUUAAUUUUUUUCAUCAAGGUUAAAAUAUCAGAAGUAAAUAAACUGAGGAGGACUAUACAUUAUUACACAUUAUAUUAGUUUUCAUGCAGAUGUAAUCCCAUGGAUAAAAAUAAUAAGACAGCAGCUCAGCUAAAAAUGAAAUUAGGCCUAAGACUUUAGCAUAAAAGGCAACAAACUUAACAACUGUUUGUAAUGAAUAAAACUGAAAUAUGCCAAGCCGGUAUUUGAACUCAGAUCGCCGACAGUACGUCUGCUCGCUCAUUGCGCAUAGCACACUGGACCAGCGGCUUUGAUGAGUGGAGUCAUAAGAAAUCUAAAGGCAACUGUAAGAGCACGGCCACAAAAACUGAUAUUAGUCAUGUAAGGAUAUUUAUAUCCCUAAAAUGACUGCAAAAGACAAAAAAACAAAUCUUCUCCUGACAUAAAUGUAACUUCCUACAAAUAAAUGCAACAUCAUCAUCUACAGGAUCCUCUAUAAAAGCACAUAAGAUUAUAUAUACUAAGACGGUCUCUGCACCUAAGUAUAUCAAAUUGGCUUUACUGAUCAUUUCAAUAAACUGUUUUCUGUUAAAAUUUGUUUACAUUUAAGUGUAAUUUAUAAAAAUAUAUAAAGCACUAAGGUUAAAUUAUUUACACUGGAAAUUUGAUAACUUAAUAACUUAAAGACAGCUAAAAAUAUUUUACAGUUUACGUAAUAAACAUGUGCACAAUAAAUGAAUGUACUAAAGCAACUAACAAGAUUAAACACCGCUGCUCCUUUAAAAAUGGGGAGGAGACCACAAGAAACUCAGAGUUUACAGGAUAAAAGCUGCUCUCGACCAGGUUAGGUUCACCCAGUAAGUUACUCCGGAAACAUAAGUUACCUCUCCUUGUGAAACAUGCUUGACUUCCCUCGCUGUCUCGGGUUUAACCUACCUCUCAUUUUGAAACAGAAACUCAGAGUUUCCCUCAUUUCAGGGUUAACAUACUCAGAGUUUUCACUUAACCUCCAUUCUGAAACGAGCCCCAGAUGAAUUCAUUUUGGAAGAGUAUUUUUGGUCCAGUGUAUUACUAUUGACCAAGUUCUGAGGCUGUCAUAUAUCGGUCAACUUACUUUGUUACUUAAAAAAUACAUUUUAUAUAGCAUUUACAAAAAAACUUCAGUUUUUAUAAUAAAUCUUUGAAAAAUCUAAUUAUGGAUUCAAAUUUUUUAUGUUAUUUUAAUCUUAAGAUGCUAUGUGAAAGUUUGUAACAGAAAAUAAUGGUUUUAAUCUCGUCACUUUCUUGGUUUAGAAAACACAUUUUUAAUGAAAUUAGUUAAAAUAGAUUUAUUGCGUUUUGGAACCAAACUCUCAAUACUUGGAUAAAAACAUAUCAUAAUCGCAGUAAGUAUAAUCGUAUUAAAACAGAUGUUGUUCGCAGUUUUUAAUAGCAGGAUGCGGCCAUGUAAAGACAUGAAACGGCUCAAAUAACACAAUAAAAAAAUUACAGGCACUGUUAUCAGACUUCUGUCUUUAUCACGGCACCGAAUAACAAAAUACGUCCAUAAGAACGUGUUUGUCAUUUAACGUAAGUAAAUUAAAACAGUUGACAGUAUAUGGGAUUUCAUCAUUAUGAGUGAAUAAUAGUGAUGCACCGAUGUAUCGGCCGCCGAUAUUUAUCGGCCGAUUUUUGAUGAAUUUGAAACCAUCGGCAUAUCGGCAAUAGCCUGAGAAAGGCCGAUACCGAUUGUUUAUUAAUUAACUGCAUAAAGAAAUCCAUUAUAUGUAAAAAAAAAUAGUUAAUGUUGUUAAUAAAAUAAAUGCUGAAUAGCAAAAACCACCUUUUAAGGUUGUCAUGCUGUCUUAUUAUAUUUGUUUUAGCUUAAUUUGUGCCUCUCUUAUUAUGUUGGUCAGUGAAAUGUUAAUUAGAUCAAAGCCAUGUUCAGUAAAAAUAAUUUGAUGCAAAAAUAAACUAGCUAAUAGACCAACUGUAUAGUAUUGUAUACAAGUGUUUAAUAUCGGUAUCGGCAUUGUUAUCGGCCAGAAGUUGUCUGUUUAAAUCGGUAUCGGCAUCGGCCCAAAAAAAUCCUAUCGGUGCAUCCCUAGUGAAUAAUCAUAAAAUAUCAACUGCAUGUAAACAGAAGUAAAGAGGAAACUAUAGCUCCAGUCAUGUUAACAUCUUUACUCUGAUUAUUGUAAAUAAAUCGCAUUAUUGGUGUACAUGUAAACGUAGUCAUUGUGUAAAUGAUGUGAGUCUCACCUGGCAACAGCUUCACUGUA